CUCUUUUCCUGCGGAUGUUUCCCUGCGGGGGAUGAGAGCAUUGUCUCGUGUGGGUGCGGAGUGUCUUAGGCCGCGGCGUUGAGUGGUGCUCUGGCCUCGGGGAAGUUAGGAAACACGAAAACCUUUGGUGUUAUUGUGCCGAGAGUUUUAUUUGCAAGCCGAUCGUCUCUAUCAGAUUUAUCUCUUUGUGAUGUUUUAAAAUCAAGGCAUAACCUCCAAUUACACGAUUAUACUUAAAACUUUUGAGAGAUGUGGUUUUGAGUAGCACUUCCCUCUUAAACUUCACCAUGUUUUUCUUGGGAUCAGCCAGUGAGAUUCUUCAACCAUAACCUUUCAUGAAAGAUUGGAGCAAAUAGAACAAUAUUUCAGAGCCAGGAUUUUGUACCUUUACAGUAAGCAUCAGCCAACUGGAAGUCCUCCAGCCAUAUACCAUUCGUAAUAGUCCAGCUCUUUGCUUCUUAUUCAUGAGAGAGUAGGAGAGUCUCUAAAAUACUUUAGUCUUUCCACAUAUCUUGGGAAUCAGUACUAUUGUCAGUGAAAAUCCAGCAUUUGAAUCCUAAGGCAGCAUUUAAACUCUGCAAGUUUCAGGGCCUAAGAGGAUAUAAUAACAUUUAUAGUAAUUUGCCUCAAAAGAGGGUUAAGAGUGCUCAGGCACAAAGUAAAACUUCAAAAAUUAUGAAUACUUUUCAAAUCAGUCCCUCAUCUUGCAAAGUAAAACAGAAACCAAGUGACUCAAAGACCAUCUUGAAACAAAAUCCAGUAGAACCUCAUGAAUAUGUAGACGAUCAAGUUGAAGACUCUCUGCAGAUGGCACUGCAAUACUUUGAGAAAGGUCCCAUUAAAAUUCCAUCCAGAAAAGAUAAAAUUUUGGAAAAACACUUGAAAACGGUGGAAAAUGUGGCUUGGAAAAGUGGAUUAGCUCCAGAAGCAAUUGACAUUUUAUUGAAUGUGGCACUCAGUGGCAAAUUUGGAAAUACUGUAAACACACGGAUAUUGAAGUGUAUGAUUCCAACAACUUCAAUAUCAGAAGAUUCUGUGGUUAAGGCAGUCUCCUGGCUCUGUGUUAGCAAGUGUUCUGGUAGCACCAAGAUACUUUUUUAUCGUUGGUUGGUUGCAAUGUUUGACUUCAUUGAUCAUAAGGAACAAAUUAACCUGCUUUAUGGCUUCUUUUUUGCUUCAUUGCAAGAUGAUGCACUGUGUCCUUAUGUCUGCCACUUGUUAUAUUUACUCACCAAAAAAGAAAAUGUCAAACCAUUUCGUGUGAGAAAGCUGCUUGAUCUUCAGGCCAGGAUGGGACAGCAACCACAUCUUCAGGCUUUGCUGUCACUGUAUAAGCUCUUUGCUCCUACUUUGAUUUCUGUAUCUUUGCCUGUAAGGAAGAAAAUCUACUUUAAGAAUUCAAAAGAUCUGUGGAAUUCAGCUGUGCUUGCUGUGAAGCUUAGAAACCAGCAUUCUUUUACAGAACCUAGAAAACUGACAUUCAGUCCAGCUAAUUUCAAUCCUUUAAAAAGAAAAUGGAAAUCUCGUUCAGUUACACCAGUGCUGAAUUCUGGUAGCUACCCUAAAGAAUGUGGCAAAAAGGAGAUGAGUCUUUCUAAUUGUCUCAGUUGUGAUAGAUCACUUCCCCUAGAAAGGCUUCAGAGCUUCCCUCUACUCUUAAAAAACAUUCAUUGCUUAGAGCUGCCCUCUCAGAUGGGUUCAGUGCUAAAUAACUCUCUUCUACUUCACUAUGUUAACUGUGUCAGAGAUGAAUCACUCUUACUGAGGCUGUACCACUGGUUGAAUCAGACAUUACAAGAAGAAUGUAUUUGGUAUAAAGUGAAUAGUUAUGAGCAGAGUAAAGAGUUUGCCAACUUGCUGGACACCAUCAUCAGGGCAGAGUGCUUCUUACAGGAGGGGUUUUAUUCCUGUGAAGUUUUCUUGUAUAAAAGCAUUCCUCUCUGGGAUGGCCUCUGUUGUCGGUCACAGUUCCUUCAGCUUCUGAGCUGGAUUCCUGUUAGUAGCUUCUCUGAGAUGAAACCGCUACUUUUUGACCAUCUAGCACAGCUUUUCUUUACAUCAACCAUUUAUUUCAAGUGUAGUGUUCUUCAGAGUCUGAAAGAGCUACUACAGAAUUGGCUGUUGUGGCUUUCUGCGGACAUCCACAUGAAGCCUGUGAUGAGCAGUCCUCUACAGAUAACUCUGGAUGCAUCCAUGAACUCAGUGUCUGAACUGAUUCAUUAUGUAGGAUGGCUGUCCACUAUUGCAUUGCGCUUGGAGAGCAACAGUACUUUCUUGCUACACUUUAUUUUGGAUUUCUAUGAGAAAGUCUGUGAUAUAAAUAUAAAACAUGAUCUUCCAUUAGUGGUGUUGUUUCCUCCUGGAAUCUUCUAUUCUUCACUUCUCAGCCUGGAUACCAGUAUCUUGAACCAACUUUCUUAUAUUAUGCACAAGUAUCAUAAAAAUUUGAUUGCUGCAAAGAAGAAGGAGUUGGUACAAAAAGCAAAAUCAGAGUUCAGUUUCAGCACCAAGACUUGCCAACAGUUUAAUCAUUAUUUGACAACUAUGAUUGGUUGCCUGUGGACAUCGAAACCCUUCGAAAAAGGAGUGUAUAUUAUAGACUCCAAAAUGUUAGAAAACACUGAAGUAUCAAAGUAUAAAAAUAGCUUAAAUUUAGUCCAUCAUCCUUCUCUAUUGAGCUAUGCUGUUUCCUUUUUGCUACAGGAAAGCUCAGAAGAAAGAACAAUAAACAUAAGCUCUAUUCGGGAGAAGAAAUGGCACUGCUACUUGGACUAUUUAUUUUCAGAGGGACUCCAAGGCUUGAAAUUUUUCAUAAAAAAUAGUAUUCAUCAUUCUUCUGUCUCUUAAUCAGAAAGCAUGACCACAACAAUCAGCAUUAAAUGACAGUUGACAUAAACAGCUUGCUGGACUAAAUCCUUGUUGCUGGAGAGGCCAGCUAGCUCAAUUUGAGUUUCCAUGUCCGAUUCACUAACAAGACUACUGUCUUCUAGAAGUACUCAGACUGACCUUCUGACUAUGGUUCAGGAGAACCCUGGUGUGCAUACCUUUAUUUUUCAGGGGUUAGAUUUUUUAUAAAAAGACACACAUACUUUGUGGUGGGAUUUUGUAAUAUUUUUGUGUACUAUAAGGUGCAUUGAUGGAAGACAGCAAAUAAUACAUAGUAGUAGCUUAUUCAUAGAUAUACUCAUGCAAAAUAUUCUACUUCCUUAGUGAAAACUAUGAAUAUUACCAUUUUUCUUACAUGAACAGAACCAGCACUAAAUUAAUAGAAUGCAGUGUUUAUGAUUCUUAAGAGCCUGAAGUAGCUAAUGGCUUCUCAGGCCUUUAACUGGUAGCAGUUUAAUGAGGAAAGGAAGGAGAAAAGAAUUAUGGGGAUAACCAAGAUAUUUCUAUUAAUGGUGGUUUGAUUCCAUGGGACUGCUCUAUUUUAUUUGUGUGUAUAUAUGUAUGUAUCUAGUUUUUAAAUAUUCAAGUCUUUACACUUUAACUGUAUCUUUACUUGCAGAGUAAUUCUGAAGCUUGGAAAAAUUUUCAUAGUUAUCUACAAUGUACUGUUUAAAAUUUACUAUAAAAUUUUGCUUACUAACUCUUAAUAAAAUUCAUACCUUUGAGGAAAAAUGAGUAACUGUUUCUUAUAUCCAUUAUGAAGACCAUUAAUUUCAACAAUAAAAAUUCAUUUUUUACUUCUUGUAUAAAUAGAGUGAUCAUUGGCAUUAAGAUUGCCUAAUGCGACCACUAGUUGCCAUCCUGGGAUCUGAGUUUCUGAUUAGGGCAACUGCACCUUGAAUGUUGAUUUAAUCCAUUCAUAAUAUACUAUGUUGAAGAAUUCAAGCAUAUAUACAUAAACAUUUAUGAAGAAUAUGCUGUGCAUUACAUAUUUCGAUUAUAUACUUCCAUAAGGAUAAUGAGAAUCAUUUUCUACAUUUAUAAAACAAGAAUGAAAAUUAUCCUCAUCCCAUUAUCCUUGUUUUAUAGAUUGUAGAAAAUCAAGCUCAGAGAUUUUAUGUCACUAUCCACAGGAAAAAAUGCACCACAGUCAGGAACCCUUGUGUAUUGCUGAGAGAUGUCUCUGCUGGUUAAGCCUGAUUGGCUUUGUGACUUCUGAGUAUGGUUGAUAAGACCUUAGGAGAUCCUCAAGCCAAUAAAUUGUGGCAGUGACCUUUGAGCAUGUGACUAUGAACAUCACAGUAGAGAAUUGGGCUUUGUUGGAUCUUUCCUGAAAGAAGCUUUGCACAAAUGUGAUGCAGGAUACCUUUAGUAAUCUGCUGCUGUGGGAAGAAAGUGAUAGAAUCAACAAGUUGAAGUUGAAUGCAGAAAUUCUAGGAGAAAUCUAACAAGUCAAGAGAUACAAAGACACUCAAUAUAAAAUAUGGAUCCAGUGGGCAGAAAGCUUCAGCUCCACUCCAGGUCCUAAAGUGAAUAUGAAACCUCCUCGCCUAAAACUAGGAGAAAGCCUUACGUGUAGAGAAAUCCCAAUUAGUCUUUUAUCUCUAAAUAUGUCCAUCACAGCUCACAACUCAAAAGUAUAUGAAUAUCGGCAGUUUGGAGAGAAGUAUAAAUGUGAGAAACAUGGGGAAAUCUGCAGUUAUUCCAAUGCCUUGUGAAGCAUACAAGGACAAAUAUUGCAGCAAAACCCUAUGAAUAUAAGCAAUCUGAGAAAUCCUUUAUUUUUUCUAAUUGCAAUGAAAUACAUAAAACACUAGAGAAACAUUUGAUAUGUAAAAGAUACAGGAAGCCUUUUGCUAAGAAAACAAAAAGGUAAUUUCAUAAACGUGAAAAUUCACUGUUGGGAAAAACUAGUAAGCUGUGUGGGAAACCAGGAAAGCCAUUUAUUAUAAAACUCAUGAAAACAAUUCACAGUGGGAAACCCUAUGUGUGUCAGUAGUGUGGAAAAGGCGCUUCACAAUUCAGAGACACCACAGAAAUAAGACAAUCCACAGUGGGAAGAAAUCAUAUGUAAACUGGAAAAGCCUUCAAUAGUUCUUAUCACCUUUAAAAACAAAAUAAUUCACCUGGAAGGGAAACACUAAUCAUGAAAGCAAUGUGGGAAAGCUUAUACAGAGAAUUCCCCUCUGAGACAUGAAAAAAUUCACACUGAGGAAAAACUUAUGUAUGUAUAUCAGCAAUAUGAGUAAGCCUUCACAGGUAAGACAAAUAUUUUACACAUAAAGGAGUUAAUGGUGGCGAAAAACUAUUGUAGAAAAGGCCUUAGUUAUCGCUAUCUUCAAAUACAUGAAACUCAAACUAGAGAAAAACUGCAUAUGCAAAUGUGGGAAACCCUUCACUUCUUUUCCCUUAAUUCAUGAGCUCAACUGGAGAGAAACCUUACAUAUGUAAGCAGUGUGAGAAAGCCUAUGCUCAUCAUGCUUGCUUCCAGAGACGUGUCACGCUGGAGAAACACUGUAUAUCAAGAAUGUGGAAAAGCUUCACUAAUUACUGUUCACUUCAUAGACCUGAAAGAAUUCACAGUGGGGAAGAUCCUAUAUGUAAACUACAUAGGAAAGCCUUUACUUGGUUACUUUCAUAAAUGUGAAAGAAGUCAUCGUCGGGAGGAACCCUCAUGGAAGCAAUGUGGAGAAGUUUUCAAUUCUUCCAGUUGCGUUCAAAUACAUGAAAACGUUUGCGUUGAAGAAGAACCGUAUGUAUGUAAGCACUGUGGGAAAGUUUUUGGUCAGUUUGGUAUCUUAAGAGACAUGAAACUGGAAAGUAUAAAUAAAUAUGGGACAUGUUCUUUAUCACAGGACAUUUCUCUACAUAUCAAUUUGCACAGUGGACACAACAAUGGACAUUUUAUGGGAAUGCUUCUAAUUUUUGUUUCAUUCAUCUUGCACAUGAACACAGUAUGAUGGGAAACCUUCACUAGAUGUAUAAAAGAUUUAAGUUGGCUAUAGAUAACAGUGCAUAUGGGAUCAAACCUUUAUGAAUGAACUAUAAAGAAAGUUCUCAGUUGUAAUUUCAAAAUUCUGUGAAGAUUCUUUAUGUAGUAUAAGCCCAUAGAAGUAAUAUGAAGAGCUUCGUGCAAUUCUUUGUAAAAUAAUUUAAAAAGUACACUACAUGAAUAGCAAGUCCUAAUGUAUACAGUAGUGUUUAUUAGUAAUGCAUUCUUAAAUAAGUACAUUGCUGGAUAAUGUGUUUCUAAUGUUCGCUUUUGAAAAUGUUGAGGUGACAAUUCUGUAUUUUUGUGUAAUAGUGUGUCAAUUUAAUCAUUGUUUAAAUCAAAUUAGCAGUAAAAGUUUUUUAAUUUUGUACCAUAUUAGAUCCAUAGGUCAAUUAAAAUGUUUCUAAUAAGCUAGUAGGCUUAGUAUUUUAAGUUUUAUUAUCAGGGUGAAUGGGCUACUGAAAAAAAUUCUGUUAAUUUUAAGAAUUUUCCCACUAACCUGAUGAGUUCUGUGUGUAUGUGUGUGUACUCCAUCUUUCUUUCAGUGGAACAUAGGACAUUUUAAAAGUGGAUUUUAUAUUUUUUAAUUAUGUAUGUUUUUAAAGAAAAUUUUUGUACACAUACACAUGCUUUCAAACAACUUGUUGAUUAACAAAUGUUACCUUUUCAUGUACUAGGAAGAUAUGUGUAGAUAUCCCAUCAUAAUUGUAGAUUUGGUAAAUUUAUAAACUUUCGUGUUCUUUUUUACUGAAGGUUAUUUUGAUAAUAUUCAUUCAAAUUUAGGUGUUUCGGGGCUGGGGAUUUAGCUCAGUGCCAUAAGCGCGUGCCUUGCAAGCAAGCAGUCGUGAGUUCGAUCCCUGGACCGAUAAAAAGGAAAAAGACAAAAAAAAAGAAAUUUAGAUGUUUCUUUAAGCAUAAAUUACUUUCUGUACUCAUGUUGCACUUUUUAUGCUUAUUUGUUCUUCCCUCAUUAUACUAAAAAUACGCUGAUAUUAUUGUCCCAUUGUAAAAAAAAGUUAUAAUUUAGUAAAAAUCUAGACCACUUUUUCUGUACUACAUGUCUAUAUAUUCUGAUUUACCUAUGACAGUUUUCAUUUACAUCAUUGUCCUGGUAUUAUGGCAGAGAGGUGCCUCCUUUCAUUUUAAAACGUGUCCAAAUUUAACAGUAAUAUGAUCAUUCGAACCUUAUAACAUUGCAUCCAGUAUUCAAUGAUCUCCAUCCCCCAACUCUAUCAGGCUAUAUCAGAUGUGUAAAAAACCACAGCAAGUAUACCUGGUCCAACUUCUGUCCUUGUAUGAGUUUGAAUGGAAGGGAAUGAGUUUGGAUGUAUGCCUAAAUUAAAAUUUUAAUUGGUGUAAUUUAGGCAUACAAACUAGAGCAAGUAAAUUCUUGCUAGUAAAAAAUACAACUCUCUGUAACUGAGAAAGAUGUAAUAGGGCUGCCAUCAAUACUGUCCCAUGCAUAACCAGCACAAGCAGGAAGGAGCAGCAGCCAGCCCCGCCCCUAAAAACAUGCUGGUCACCAUUGCCUUCAAGGAACUGUGACCAGCAUGAGCUUGAAGAACCAGCUAGCCAUGCCUUGGAGAAAGCCCUCCUCAUAGCCCACCAUUUCCACGGGGAACCAGGGUUAGGAGAAACUCAGAUGCCUAACCCAUCCCCCACACCAUGGAUGGGUAACUGAUGGUCAACUCAACACCAGCUGAAUUAAAUCACUAUGGUGCUAAGCAUAGAUGUUUCACCUGAGGAAAGUUGCCAGCAUAAAUAAAGACAUGGAGGAGAAGAAGCUAGAUGUUGAGGCACUGAGACAUUGUGGGUUCUCCUACAAGUUGCUGUUCGAGCCAUUGAUUCUCUUGGAGAAGCUCAGGUCCUUACAUCGAGCAUUGCUUCCUGGCUCCAGAAGGGAAGACAUGUGCCACUUGGUUUCCAGGAUGAACUCAUCACACUGGCUGCCAGGCAUGUACUCAACUGGUUAAUCAUCAAAGGAGCUUGGGGCCUCCAUGUCACUGAGGAUGGCUGUGGUGCUUUUCAGGACAGCCCUGGUCUUUGUUGUGAGUGAUUUCUCGGCUCCAACAUAGAACCCUCAACCUGCUAGCAUAGUUCCUUCACACUGCUGGCAUUGACUUUCUAACUUCCACUGCUGACCUUUGGGCCUUCCUAGCACAGAUCUGUAAAAGAGACUGAUGUGAGUCCUUGUGGGUUCUAGACCUCCAGUUGGACUCAUGGGAGUCAUUGUCAUGAGCUCUGGGUCUUCAUCUGGACUCAUGUGAGGCAUUGCUAUAGGGUUCAGGCCCUUGGCUAUAUAUGUAUAUAAUGUAAGUAGAUUUCCUGCAUUUUCUUAUGUUAACUCUGGGUGACCAUCAUAAAAAUAAUGUUACAAACUCCAUGUCCUGAUUUUAAUUGUUCUCACAACCCCUGGCUACAACAGUAGCCAAUGCAAUAAGCACCUGGAACCCCACAACUCACUUGUCUGAAGGAAACAAAGGAAAAUGUCAAGAUGAGCAAAAGGCAAUCUGUGGCCUGAAGCCCAAACAGAACAAGCCCAGGAGACAUGGACAUGAAAGAAAGUAAAAAUUGCACACCUGAAGUUUCUGGGAUGAUGGCUACUGACAUAAAGAAACUACUUCAUGAAGCUGUAAAAGAAAUAAGAUCAGAUAUAAUAUCGCAGGUAAAAGAAAUGACAAACAGUAAAAGCAUUCCUGAGCAUAUCUAAAGAAGUUACAGAUUAAAGAAGCACAGGAGCAAUAUAGAGAAGAAUUGGAAUGCAUGAAACAGACACAAAGAGAUAGCCAGGAAAUUAAAAAUUCCAUUGAAAGCUGGGAAAACCACUUGAAAGAAACUGAAGAUAGACUUUCAGAUCUUGAAGACAGGAUUGAAGCUAGUGAUCAUGAAAGGAAAGACUUCUUUAAAAUGAAAUAUCCAGGAAGGAUCCAGGACAUAUAAUGGCUGCAAGAUGACACAAAGAAAAAUAAUUUAAGAGUGAUAAAUUUCAGCAAAAAAAGCAAGAGUCAACAUAAAUAAUAUAAAGAGAUUGUUUAUGGAAAUAAUAGCAGAAAACCAAAGAACCUGACAGAUAAGUGAGGCAUAUAGAACUUCAGAUAGCCACAAUCAAAGUAAAUCUACACCCACACAGAUAAUAAUCAAGAUCCCAGAAAUUCAGCACAAAAAAAAGAAUAUCACAGCCUGUUAGAGAAAAAGAAACAUCACCUAUAAAGGAAAACCCAUCAGAAUGAUGACAGACUUCUCAACACAAGGCAUCAAGUUAAGAAGAGCUUGGAGUAAAGUAUUUUUAAGUCCUGAAAGAAAAUAGCUUCUAACCCUAAUUGAUGUAUCCUGCAAAACACUCUCAAAAUUAAUGGAGAAAUAGAACAACUGAAGGAACCUAUGAUCACCAAAACUUACAAAGAGUACUAAAGAAUAUUCUAGAGAGAGAAAAAUGACUACAGUCCCAGAAACAGCAGCAGUGUGUGAUCGCCAAGCAGGGCAGACAAUUGAAUGCAGGGGAAAGUAGGGAGCCAACAUCAGCAAAAAGCAUGUAAAAGACACACCAGUACAUGUUGGCCAUAACCAUUAAUGUAGAUGUCCUUAAUUCACCAAUAAAAACCACAGGCAGAGUAGAUCAAGAAACAAGGUUUAGCAAAAUGCAGUAUACAAGGAACACACUGACUGGAAAGGAAAUUAAUAGACUGAAAGUCAAAGGGGAGAAAACAAUGCUGCAUGCAACAAGGAACCAGAAGAAAGCAGGGGUAGCUUGCCUAACAACCACAGAAUGGAUAAGACACAGCAUUUUUGUACAGUGGAAAGCUACUCAGUUAUAAAGAAAGAUAAUCAUAAGGCUUUUGGAGGUAAAUGGAUGUAACUUGUGAUCAUGCUCUUGGAUGAAAUGAUUCAGACUCAACAUAGGUGAACAUUAUGUUGUCUCCCUAGUAUAAAAAACUGAAGGAAUUAGUGGGAUCCAAAAUGUACAAUAGAUACUGUGGAAGUGAAAGGGUAGGAAACUAAAAGGGGAAAGUGGUAGCCAUUGUUAAUUCCUGCUUACCUUAUUGUAAAGUACUGAAUCAUUUUCAUUGUUUUGUUUUGAUUGGUUUUAUUGUUUUGUUUGAUUUAUUUUACUUGAUGGCAUGGGCUGCUGUUUCGAAGAUGGCAAGAUCUAUUAUGGUAGCCAUUGUUGAUUUCCUAUUAUCUUGUUUUGGAGUCCUGUAUCACUUUCAUUAUUUUAUUUUAAUUGGUUUUAAUCUGUUCUGUUUUGUUUGAUUUUGUGUCUGAUGGUAUGGGCAGCUAUUUUGAAGAUAACAAGAAGUAUUAUGGUAGCCAUUGUUGGUUUCCUAUUAUCUUGUUUUGUUGGCUUACAUCGCUUUCAUUGUUUUGUUUUGAUUGGCAAUAAAGAAUAAACUGUU